AUGGCCACCGUCAUAGCGCCCGUUGAACUGCCCACAAGCAGACGGUCCUAUUUCAAUACCGAUCCCACUCCCGACAUUCAUGAUCCCAAUUGGAUUCCGGUCCUGGACAGCGCCGCGUUCAAGUCAUCUUCGCCCUCGAUUGAGAAAGAAGCCUCCCCAUUUGGACAUGCCUCGUUUUCCUUAUUUCCCGCCACGUCGUCCAACUCUCCCAAGCCUCGUCCCGGGUUCUCGCAUAACUACUCCAAAAGUUCCCUGGCGCCUGAAAGUAUAGCGUCGUCGGAUUCCAGGUCGCAAAGCCCACAAGACGGUGUCGAUCCGUCAUCGAGUCUCGGAGGUCCCGUCCAGCCGGCUCAGAAUGAACCACGCGGACAACAUCGCCGACAGACAUCAACUGGAGACGCAUCUAGUGAAGAGAAGAUUUCCGUGGGGACAGAAGCAGCUGGGGAGGGGCCGAGCGCACCCAGUACCGACGGAACAGCUAGCGUCGCUGAAGAACGAACCUCAAGUCGUCAAGAGCCGCGCCAGGACCAGCAUGAAGACUCCCUCGCCAAUGUCAAUGGCAGAUCUUCUAUGACUUCCACGCGAAGGACGACGGUAUUGCCCCCGACAUCCAAGUAUAAUCGCAAACAGGUCGCACCCAUGGCCACCUCGAUGGCACGACCCUCAUUAAUUCCUAGUUUACCUCAAACACCUCAGGACUCACCUCGAUUAGGUCCCAGUGUGCCUGUCGGAGUGACAUCGAUUCCUGUCGUCCAAGCUCUGCCCUCUCCAAAGCUCCCACCCACCGAUCCGCCUCAACCGCCGGAGUCGACUCCGAGAUUGGGGCCGGCCAAAUCCUCUGCGUCUGAACGACGUCAACGGGCGCUACAUUCUCAUCCCUCGAACAUUUCAAUGCGGUCGCAACGCAACUCCCUCUCAGAAGACAUAGACAUUAUUCCCAAGCCACCCUCGGUACGGCAUAAGCCAAGGAAAUCAGCAGAUUCUCGUGCAACAACACCACGAUCGACGAUUUAUGAUUCCCAAGUGCCCACGCCGGCCCCGACAACGCCCCUCCCUCAACUACCUCCUCAAGCUCGAAGGCCAUCCACGCGUGAAAACGGGUCUCAAAGACCAGCCCAGACGCCAGGGGACGAUCCUGUGCCGUCCACCAUUUCCAAUAUUCGUGCCUUGGAGCAUGCGCGAAUGGCAGCAUUUAUGGCCGAGAAGAAUGUCAUUGUGUUUCGUCGGUUUGACGACGUUCAUGUCCGACUUCUCUUGUGUCUGCAGGACGAGAUAUCGCUGCUGGAGCAAGAGCUGUUGAAGUUGGAAAACUCGACAUCAGCCGGAAGUCCGUCCGAGAAGAUGGUGCAAAAGACCCGGGUGUUGCGAGAGCUAAGAAAAUUAGUGGCCGAGUAUGAUCAUCUGUUUACGACAUGGAGCAAGAUGCAAGCCUCCAAAGCCAGUGAAACGACGACAAAUGAACUGAAAAACUGGCGUGUGACGCCCGGGACCAGCGCAGAGGCCGGCCUAGGAAUUGACAUUCAACAGGAUUUACCAUGGUGGGAAAACAGUCAAGAUCUAAGCAGUCUUGCGUUCCGUGAGAAGCAAAAGUCGCCCGAACCGAAGCCAGAGAACAAUAAAGGUGGUGGAGGAUUUCCAGCGCUGUUCGGAUGUGGUGGGAAGCGGAAGUAA